AUGUCCUUCAUCAUCAGAAGACAAUUGUCCACCUUGAUCCCACCAAAGAUCGCCUCUGCUAAGAACAUUGGUGGCGCUGCCGACGCCAAGAGAAUGGGCGAAGUUGUCUCCUUCUACAAGAAGUUGCCAACUGGUCCAGCUCCAGCUCCUAAGAAGCCAUCCACCCCUUGGGGCAAGUACAAGGCUGCUUACUUCGACGGCGAGAACGCUUCCGGUAAGCCCUUGCUUCACUUGGCCGCUGUUGUGCUCAUCUCCGGUUACAUCUGGGAGUACCAGUCUCACUUGAAGCACCACAAGCAUUAG